AUGACACUUCACGCUUUUAGUCGCUCACAUUCUGUUUUUACAGUUACUGUGCACGUAAAGGAGACCAAAGAAUCAAGAGACGAGGAGUUGUUGCGAAUAGGAAAACUGAACCGCGUUGAUGUAGCCGGCAGCGGUAACAUAGGAAGGUCUGGUGCUGUCGAAAAACGCGCUAGAGAAGCAGACGGUAGGUCGGCCCGAACCGCCGACGCCGGCCUUGGAGGCGUGGUCUAA